UGAGAGAGAGAGAGAGGCGGUACGUGUAUGUGUGAGGGGAGGAUACAUGUGUACGAGCGUGUGAGGGGCGGCUGUAUCCCUGUGUGUGAGAGGAGGGUGUAUCCGUGCGUGUGAGGGGCGGCGUGUGCCGGUGAGCGAGUGCGAGGGGCGCUGCGUGUGCCCGGCUGCGACGCUCCGCUUCGGCUCGGGCCCGGCUGCCGCCGAGGGGCGGUCGGAAGCGGCGGGGAGCACAGGCGGGGACCCGGCUUUUUUGGACGCGUGUCGCAGCCCUGCCCGGCGCCCGCCCGCUGCCGGGGCGAGGAGCGCGAUGCCGCGCCCGCCCUGCCCUGCCUGCCGGCGGCCCCGCGGCUCCGCGCCGCAGGCAGCGGCGUAGCGCUCCCGCCUCGGGCGCACCGGCUGGGCAGCGCGGGCGGGGCGGCAUGGGGGCUCCCGCCCCCCGCGGCGCUCGGCGCGGAGCGGAUUACAAAUGAGCGGCGUGGCCCGGCGCCCCGGGCCCGCGGGCACCCCGGCAUGUAGAGCCUGACGGAGCGGCGCGGAGGCUGCCCGGUCACUAUGAACAAUGGCCCAGCUAUACUACAAAAAGGUAAACUAUUCACCGUACAGAGACCGGAUCCCGUUGCAGAUCGUGCGAGCGGAGGCAGAGCUCUCGGCGGAGGAGAAGGCCUACCUCAGCGCUGUGGAGAAGGGGGACUAUGCCAGCGUGAAACAUGCCUUGCAAGAGGCAGAGAUCUACUACAACAUCAACAUUAACUGUAUGGAUCCUCUUGGUCGCAGUGCCCUUUUAAUAGCCAUAGAGAACGAAAAUCUGGAGAUCAUGGAGCUGCUUUUGAGCCACAGUGUGUAUGUGGGAGAUGCUCUGCUGUAUGCAAUACGGAAAGAGGUGGUGGGAGCUGUGGAGCUGCUGCUGAAUUACAGGAAGCCGAGUGGUGAAAAACAGGUUCCAACCUUGAUGAUGGACACCCAGUUUUCAGAAUUCACUCCAGAUAUCACCCCAAUAAUGCUGGCGGCUCACACCAACAACUAUGAAAUCAUCAAACUGCUUGUCCAAAGACGGGUAACAAUUCCACGCCCGCACCAGAUCAGAUGCAACUGUGUGGAAUGUGUCUCCAGUUCAGAGGUGGACAGCCUGAGGCAUUCCAGGUCACGGCUGAACAUCUACAAAGCCUUGGCCAGCCCUUCAUUGAUUGCCUUAUCAAGCGAGGACCCCAUCUUGACGGCCUUCCGACUGGGCUGGGAGCUGAAGGAGCUCAGCAAAGUGGAAAAUGAGUUCAAAGCUGAAUAUGAAGAGCUUUCACAGCAGUGCAAGCGUUUUGCUAAGGACCUUUUAGAUCAAGCACGGAGUUCCCGAGAACUGGAGAUCAUUCUCAAUCACAGAGAUGAUCAAAGCGAAGAGCUGGAUCCCCAAAAAUGUCAUGAUUUGGCAAAGCUAAAGGUAGCAAUAAAGUAUCACCAGAAAGAGUUUGUUGCUCAGCCAAACUGCCAGCAGCUACUAGCAACACUAUGGUAUGAUGGUUUUCCAGGAUGGAGGCGGAAACACUGGGCAGUGAAGCUCCUGACCUGUGUCACCAUCGGACUGCUAUUCCCCGUGCUAUCCGUGGCAUAUCUGAUUGCACCGAAGAGCAGGCUGGGACUGUUCAUUAAAAAGCCAUUUAUAAAGUUUAUCUGCCACACGGGCUCUUACCUAACCUUCCUCUUCAUGCUCUUGCUGGCGUCGCAGCACAUCGUCAGGACUGACCUCCACAUGCAGGGACCACCUCCCACCAUCGUGGAGUGGAUGAUCCUGCCCUGGGUUCUAGGUUUUAUCUGGGGAGAAAUCAAGGAAAUGUGGGAUGGCGGAUUCAAUGAGUACGUACACGACUGGUGGAAUCUGAUGGAUUUUGCAAUGAACUCCCUCUAUCUUGCAACUAUCUCCCUUAAAAUUGUUGCCUACGUCAAGUACAAUGGUUCUCGUCCAAGGGAGGAAUGGGAAAUGUGGCACCCGACUCUCAUUGCAGAAGCCCUCUUUGCAAUAUCCAACAUUUUAAGUUCCUUGCGUCUCAUAUCCCUGUUUACAGCAAAUUCACACCUGGGACCCCUGCAGAUUUCUCUGGGACGCAUGCUGCUAGACAUCCUUAAAUUCCUUUUUAUCUACUGUCUGGUGCUUCUGGCUUUUGCCAAUGGACUGAACCAGCUUUAUUUUUACUAUGAGACCAGUGCCUCGGAGGAACCCAACAACUGCAAGGGGAUCCGAUGUGAGAAACAGAACAAUGCCUUCUCCACACUUUUCGAGACCCUGCAGUCACUCUUCUGGUCUGUGUUCGGUCUGCUGAAUCUCUACGUCACCAACGUCAAAGCCAGACAUGAGUUCACUGAAUUUGUUGGGGCCACUAUGUUUGGGACCUACAACGUCAUCUCCCUUGUUGUGCUGCUGAACAUGCUCAUAGCCAUGAUGAACAACUCGUACCAGCUCAUUGCCGACCAUGCGGAUAUCGAGUGGAAGUUUGCACGGACGAAGCUCUGGAUGAGUUACUUUGAUGAAGGCGCCACUCUGCCCCCUCCUUUUAACAUUGUCCCAAGUCCCAAGUCAGUCUGGUACCUUUGCAAGUGGAUCCACAAUCAGCUGUGCCCAGGCAGCGACUCCGACAAUGAACAGAAGAGGCAUGAAAACCUCAAAUCAUUCACAGAGCGGCACGCGGACAACCUGAUUCAGAAUCAACACUACCAGGAAGUGAUACGAAAUCUUGUGAAAAGAUACGUCGCAGCAAUGAUAAGAACCUCCAAAACCAAUGAAGGUUUAACUGAAGAAAAUUUCAAGGAAUUAAAACAGGACAUCUCCAGUUUUCGCUAUGAAGUUCUUGACCUCUUAGGAAACAGGAAGCCCCCAAGGAGAAGUUACUCUACCAGCAGCACAGAGGUGUCCCAAAAGGAUGAAACAAACGAGGAUGGGGCUGGAGAAAAAUCCAAAGCCAAGAGCGUGUCUUUCAAUGUAGCCAACAAAAAAAAGGACUUCAAUGUAUCCGCUUUAAUUAAAACUAUGUCUGGGAUCGAUAUGGUGGAAGAGAAGCCCAAAAGCAAUGGGAUCAGUAAGCGCUCCUUCGUCCGAAAUGGAAAUAGAGUUCAGAGACUUUCCAGCUCCAAGAAGGAGUCCUUCAAGAGACUGGGCCUGCUCUUCUCCAAGAUGAACGGACACGUACCUGAACCAAGUUCAGAACCCAUGUACACAAUUUCAGACGGAAUUAUUCAGCCACACUACAUGUGGAAAGACAUUAAAUAUUCUCAGAUUGAUAAAGAGAAAGAAGAGAAUUGUUCCAAAAGUGAAAUUAACCUCAAUGAGGUGGACUACAGUGGGAACACGAGACUCAGAGGACAGAGCAAGGAGUGCCCUGUGGUUUGUACCAGCUCCCUUCACUGUGCUUCCAGUAUUUGUUCCUCCAAUUCCAAACUUAUAGACUCAUCAGAGGAUGUGUUUGAUUCAUGGGGAGAGGCUUGUGACUUGUUUAUAAACCAGUGGAAAGAUGGGCAGGAGGAUCAUGUUACAACUCGGCUAUAAGUAAAGCGCUGGAAAAACUUAGCCAAUUAUUUGUAAUUGUUUGCUCUCAUCUGAUUAAGCAUUACUAUUUCCUUUCUGUCCACAGGUGAAAAAGAAAGUGCAAAACUACUUACGUUAGCCUAUUUUAUAGCCAUCUACACCUUUAAUUUACUUUUGUUACACUCACAAAUACUACAACUAAACAUUUCCCCAUUUAUAAGAUCACUGUAGACCACAGGAAUCCCUCCCGAUGCAAUCUUAGUCUGCAAAACCCACAGACUCCAGCCAGGCUGGUGGCUCAGGAAAGGGUUCCUUCAGCGCCCUCACCAUCCUCCCACCGCCACUGGGGUGGUGCUGCUGCUCCCCAGCACCAUCGGCUCUGCGUGCUGCUCAGCUCUCGGCAGCACAGCCAGCUGUGAGCGGUGGCUUGGCAGGAGGCUGAGAAUCACAUUUAAAAUCUUCUUAGAAAGAGCUUCAACUCAUAAUUGGCUUUUUGUUCUCUUUAAGCAAUACAACUUUUGAUUCUUUCUGUUGUAUGUAUUUUUUUCAGGUUGUUACAUUAAUAUUGUAAAUUGUUACUAAAUAAGAGACCCCUUUGAUCAUCCAGCUAGAACAUAUUAUGAUUUGCUUGUUUACCUAAUUCCCAUAAGACAUUUGCCCUGUAGGGAGUAGAAUGACCUCGCGGUUGGGCUGACAGUGGCGCCUGGCCUUGCUACCAACUUCUGCACAGAUGAAUUGAUCCCAAACCAGCUGGAGCUGCUUGAAACACCAAUGUCAGUGUGGCUCUCCUGUUUCUAAUGGGCUGAACCAAACCCCAGCCCUGAGCCUUGCCCUUACACCCGCCCCCUGAGCUGCAUCUGGUUUCUGAAAUACCUAAUCUUGCUUCUACUGCUGCAUUUGCUUUUUGCUGCCUGAUGGGUGUCAGGAUUUAGGAAAAAAAAACACCUUCCUGGUACAUGGUAAGUGCUAAGAGAUCAUCUCCUCUGGGCCUGUGAGCUGCAUUUCUGAAAAGCAAUGUAAGCAAGAGCAGCUCACUCUGCAUCUGGGAGCCCAGGAAGCCUCUGCAGUUCCUUUUCUAACAUGCAUCACAAAGGGAGUGCAGCAGUAGAUGUUAUCUUUUAUUUCCCCACUUGUGGUGGUGCCUGGACAGGGCCCAGCAGUCACUGCUUUGUCCUAAGGAGGAUCAGAGGGGAGAGAGGACGACCCCAUCAAGGGCAGAACCAUCAAGUUUUUAACAGUGAUUUUUUUUUAACAGUAUGAUAUUUGAACUUUCUUCUGCCAUGUUGCUAAGGAACACAGAUGAUUGGCACUGAACAGCUACCACCUCAGCACAGCUAUUCGUCAGCUGCUUUCUUGGAGGAAGGAAGUCCUGACCAGGGGCUCAGAAAUGCCCCAUAUGACAGAGCUUCAGUGCGUUCCCAGGAGAGGUUACACGAGCUGGACCAUAUCCCAGGAGCGGUUGCAAAAAAUAUCUCACCUUUUCUGUGAACUGGGUUUUGAAUGGCACUUGUAAAAGCAUAAUGCUGGGAAAUCUACACCUCCCAUUGGCACUGGUCAGAUUUUAGCAGUGAGGGGCAGGAGCAGCUCCCAUAGCAGCACAGAGGGGCAGGAGGAAAGGGAUUUCUCACUCCAGCAGUCCCCACAGACAAGGUAGAUAUUCUGAAUUUUAAAACUGGCUCCUUCCUCUUGUUAAAGAAAUAUACCUUGUUGGGUUUUCCCUUUGGGCACCUAUACAGCGUUACCUAAAGGUCAUGAUGGAGCACACCUACAUCAGAGACGGAAAUGUGAACAACGCAGCCGGCUCCCGUAGCAGAGUUGCAGAUGCCAACACACCAGACUCAGGGGAAGGUUUCAGGACAGACCAGGAGGUGGAGACCAUAGCUCUGCUGUCAAGAAAAAAGAGCAGGGAGAGGCAGGCUCAAAACUGUUUCUGUAUUCCUUGCUUAUAAACGACACCAGUCUCAUUUCCAGCAUGCAGGAUAAAGCCCAAAAUAUUUAAGCCUCUAUAUGUGUUAGUUAAGGCACAGUGAAAAGCAUUUUUGCAUCAAUGGAUUUCAGGGUUCCAUACUAAUUGCAGGGCUAGAGUUCUCUUUGAAAACUGUAUCCUCUCUUCCUUUCCGAAAGGCUGAGCAAACCAACGUUGGCACUAUGCAAGGACACUUGCAAAAUCUGAGGGUCAGAAGCAGCUUGCUGAUCAUUCGAAGAAAUCCAGCACCCAUCUUCAGACAGGCAAAGCCAAUGAUAACAAGAGCUGCAGUCAGAACCAACUAAAUGCAAUUCGCAAAGCAGCUCACAAGAAAAAACCCACUGUUGACUAAACCAAACCGAGCACAUUUCUGGAAAGAGAAGCAUUAGCAAGAGAUGCUACAGGGGGAUGCAGGGUUUGAAUCAUUUUAUGCCUCAACUAACCCCACUGCAGUUUACGAACUGUACUUGACAUGGGGCCAGCAAAUCUUUAUGGUAUUUCCUGUGUAACGAGUAAGAAUGAAAACAAUUCCAAUGUGGUUGUGCAGAUGACAUCAGCUGAGUUUGAGGCUGGGGCAGAAGCAGGGCUCGUAUCCUUGGACAGGAGAAAGCCUUUUCAGUUUUCCACAAGAGCAAGCGCGCUGCUACCGGUGAUGAUUAUAUCACAUCAUCCCAAUGCAGCACUGCGUUAACAGGGACAAAUAACACAAUGAAACACAAUUAAAUCUGCAGUGGUGCCACCCCCCGAAUGUAAAAAUGACACCAGGCAGUGCAAGUCCCUUCUGUGCCAACUGCGUGAGUCACAUCCCCCUGCGGUGUCCUGAAAGGGCAGGGGGUAGGAGCUGCUGCCUUGGAAAGGCAUGAUGGAGAACACUGGCUCUUAAAAACCUCUUGAUAAUGUCAUGUUAAAGGCAAGAGGUGCGUCACAGGGCUGCAUGGCUGGGGCUCCCCUGGGGUUUGUUUCACGACUCGGAUACUUCCCAGCUCCCAGCAAUGUGCUGGUUUGACCUGACACAAAUAUUUGAUUUGGCUGUGAUUAACACAUGUGUCCAGGAGUCUGCUGAACUGUCAGAUUGGUCCCCCAAAAGGCAAAAUUCUGCUUGAUUGCAUCUAUGCAUCCCCUUUGGUAGCAAUAGACGUCAUAGCAGCUGGUCAAUUACUAUUAUUAUUCUAAAACAGGAGCUUCAGGGAAGUGAAAUCAAACUAUGUUGUGAAAAAUACAUUCAAUAAGCAAACCUUUUUUAAAAAAAAAAAAAAAAGUUAACUUCCCGUGCCAGUAUUUGGCAUUUCACUAGCAGUUUUGUAUUUGCAGUUGCUCAAAAAGAAAACAUGCUUUAGCGAAAGUUAUUCUUCCCUUCAGAGAACCCCGUGAACCACCCCUGUGCUGUCUGUGCAAGCGAGCAGGGCAGGAGCUGAUGGGACACUUGGAGCUUGUCCUGUGGGCAUUUAAACUGUUCCUUGGCUUGGGUUCAAGAUGCACAGCUGUGCUCCAACUGUUACAUGCCUGCCCUUUAUUCUGGGGGCUUCAAUAAUAAUCCUUAGAUAUACGCAAGGAAUUUGGAACUGGGAAUAACAGGGAUCUUGACCACUUCCCCUUUCUUUAGGUUUCUUGCUCCUAAAGUUGCUUUAUUUCUCACCUCCCAUCCCUGGCUUUUUAGAGCAGCACACCUAUAAAUGAUCAGCAGUUAAAAAGUUAUCAAAUAACAUCCAGGGUUAAGAAUAUCAAAUAGAGCUAGGAGGUGUUUGUACUCAGGUCAGAGACUGAAGUUGCUUCAGAAACAAGACAUGAACUGUCGUAUCUGCAGAUUAUUUGGAUAACUCUAUUUGUGUAUUAUUCACUUAGCGGUAUAUAUGUAAAUACGCAAGUAUUUGUAUACGUGGCCCCCAGGGAGGAAGCACGUGCAGCAGUUGGAGUGCAGGAUGAGAGAACAAGGCUGCUGAGGUCCCGUCCCGGCUCUGCCACCGAUUCACCUGUGACCUUGGGCAAGUCACUCAGCCUCUCUAACGCCUCAGUUUCCCCAUCUGUAAAAUAGGGAUAAUAAUACUUACCUACCUCGCAGGGGGGUUAGUUCUUUAUUUAUAAGCACUUUCAGAUCUUCAAAUUAAAGGCGCUAUAUACAGAAAGUAGUUAAGUAUUUGUAGCAGUAGUAUGUACUUUUAUUUUCUUAAAACUAAUUCAGGUUAGGAUUUGACUGUAUGUCUGUUACAGUAGUUUUCCCUAUAGAAAACUAGCAUGGUUUCCCACAAAGGGAAUUUAGGGGACUUCUGCAGUAGACAGAGAGCAGGAGCAGCAUACCCUGGACACCUAGACUCUAACACCCUUGCUUUUGUGAUUUAUGUCUCACCCUUAAUGUCACCUUACUGUAUUUGUGUUUCAUCCUUUUUCUGAUGUAAUAUAAUUUUUAGAAGAAACAGCCACUGUAAAUAUUAAGAGUAUUUAAAUAAAUAUAUUAAUGUAUAAAUAUAAAACCUUACCUUUUAAAGAGAUUAAAA